AUCGGCACCACGCCUUGCCCCGCUGCUGCCAUGACCACUGCGUCUCCCUCCCUAGUGUGCCAGAACUACCACCAGGACUCGGAGGCCGCCAUCAACCACCAGAUCAACCUGGAACUGUAUGCCUCCUAUGUCUAUCUGUCUAUGUCUUGCUACUUCGACCGGGAUGAUGUGGCUCUCAGCAACUUUGCCAGAUACUUUCUCCACCAAUCUCAUGAGGAAAGGGAGCAUGCUGAGCAACUGAUGAAGCUACAGAACCAACGAGGUGGCCGAAUCUUCCUGCAGGAUAUCAAGAAACCAGAGCGUGAUGACUGGGAGAACGGGCUGAAUGCAAUGGAGUGUGCACUGCACUUGGAGAAGAGUGUGAGUCAGUCACUCCUGGAACUGCACAAACUGGCUGCUGACAAGAAUGACCCCCACCUGUGUGACUUCAUUGAGACCCAUCACCUGAAUGAGCAGGCAAAAUCCAUCAAAGAACUGGGUGGCCACGUGACCACCCUCCGCAAGAUGGGAGCCCCUGAAGCUGGCCUGGCAGAAUAUGUCUUUGACAAGCUCACCCUGGCACGCAGUGAUGAGAGCUAA